AGUGGUUAAGAGAGACGCCUAUGGAAGCAUUGAGAAACUCUGACCAGUGCGUGCAACAAGCCCUAGAGUUCUCUUUUCAAAGGCUCGAUGAUGAAGAAAAAAAAGCGUUUAUUAGCCUGUCGGUAUUUAAAGGAAAUUUUCAAAGAAACUCUGCAAAAGAGAUAAUCAAGAAGAGUAUGUUGAAAACCGAUAAUUUCUUAGAAAGUCUUGUAAGGCGAAGUUUAGUACAGAAAACUAAUGAUAGGCGCUUCGUGAUUCAUUUACUUAUUCGCCGGUUUCUGGCUGAUCACGACCAAUUUCAAGAGGAAAAGGCAAUGGCACAAGAUUUGAUGGCGAGAUAUUUCCUGGAGGUAUGCAAUUCGUUGACUAUGAAUUGUUAUACCUUAAACGGGUUUAGUAACGCCAGGGAGGAACUGAAAAAGGAUAUUCACAAUGUCGAAGAAGCGUUAAAAAUCUGCAGCCAAGAUCAAGCAACCAACGCAAACAUUCUGCAGCUGUUGUCAAGUAGUGAUCUUUAUAACGUUUCGUCCAGGCUUUUUUACGACAUUAGCAUGGACCUUCUUUCUGUAACGGUUCUGAGGAAUUUCUUCGAAUGUUGUAUAAAUCUAGCCGAAAGUCAAAAUAAGCCAAGUAUAAGCAUCCGUUUCCAAUGUCUAGUGGCUGAUCAAGAAAGUCGUAAAUCAGGAUGGAAUUCUCUGGAAUACUCUGAAAGAAUGGAAGACAUUAAGGCAGCAUUUUACAAAAAUAAGGCUGCACUGAGAGAGGAUCGGGCCUUAUUCAUGUUUUCUUAUCAUUUAUUCGCGCGUUAUGAUUUGGACAAACAAACAAGUGCACCAACUACUGAUCCCCAGGAAGAUGAUAUGCUACCGUUACUUGAUGACAAGGAAGCAAGUACUGCAGAGAAAGUUGCCGAGGCGCAUAUUUUAAUGGAACGAGGAAAUUUAAACAAGAAACGUGCAAAUGUUUUCCGCAGUGACAAAGAAAAGUGCGAUGAAUACAUGAAUUCUGCCAAAUUAUUUUACGAUAAAGCUUUGUCGUUAUCCAAGGAUGUGUUGGGCGACCACGAAUUAACUUGCAGUCUCAAUAAACUGUUGGGGGAUUUAUUUCUUAACCUGCGUGAGAACGAAGAAGCACUCAGGUACUACACUGAUGCCGUAAAUCUGCGUAAGACAAUGAAACUUGAUUCUAAGGAGGCGUUUGUGUUUUUGCUGAAGAAUUGUGGCGCGUGCCUUGCUUAUCUCUGUCGUUUUGAUGAAUCAGUGAAAAGGUUAGAAGAAGCGCGCGACAUUGCCGACAAACUCGAUGAAAAGAACACCCCAUGUCGAGCAUUGGUGUAUUAUCAGUUGGCCAUUACUUAUAGCAAAGGGGAAAUUGAUUGCCAAGAAGCCGUGAAGUACGCUAAAAUGGCUAUGGAGAUGCACAAGAUACACAAGUUGUUGGGCUCGCGUCAGGUAAAAGAUUUGAAAACUAUUAUUGAAAAGGCAGAGCCAGAGGAGAAUGUGGCGUUAUAGAACGCUCCGCGACUGUAAUGUGCAUUCAACGUUUGGAAAAAAUUGAUUGAGUUGUACAUUUUAGGACCCUUAGAACGCAUGAGACGUAUACGUGUUUUGUUAUUAAUAUAGUAAAAUAUUUUAUAUCAAGGCGUUUUAUUGAACAAUAGAUUGGACUAGAUUUAUUCACUUUAUUGAACAAUAGAUUAGAUCAUGUUUUUAACAAUAAAAGACAACACACAAUAAAUUGUGAAAAUGGUACUCAGUGUAGGUUGUCUUUGAAACCAAAAAUGGAGAAUCGGGAAACCAAAAGGAAAAGGGUUGGGGGUAACGAAAAAAGUGUCCCUGACACAAAUGCGAUCUUAAAAGUCAUCCCCGAGGCGGCGCGAAGCGGAUAUUUACACCCAUGAUGUGCAAUGUGAUGUCAUUCGCCAUCAUGCUAUGGACCUCACGUGAUGGACGGUCUUCUACGUUGUGCGCAUGCGCCUUCGUGAACUACUAAGCUCUUGAUUGG